GAAACACGUGACUUUCAACAGAAGGCUCGAAAUUUGAAAGCGUCGACCGUGACUGUGUUGGCGAACAUGCAACAGCUGUAAAAUGGUGGAAGCUACGGUCUGGAACCGAACCUGAGGAAACAACGCGGCCUUUUACAGGGUGUAUUUGGGCCAUGUUAAUUGGUCUGCCGUCAUGUCUGCCGCAGCUGAAGGGCUGCUUUAAAGACCUUUGGUUUCUGUGUCUAUUUUAAACAUAUGGCAACACACAACAAGCUUCAGUUUGGCGGUUACAGCUGCGCUUGUAGCGGCAUCAGUUCACCCGACGGAGGAUUUAAAUGGACAGCACCAAGCUCUCAUGGCAACGCUGAUGAGCCAGCUGGACCCGAACCAGCUGACUCUUUUUCAGGUUGAAGCUAAAAUCUGUGACCAUCUUUAUCUCACGCCUCCAUCCCUAAUUCCACCCAGAGAUGCCAGUCUGUCAUGACGCUGACAUAUGAAGGCCAGGGUUCCUACGCAAUCUGGAAACUUGUGGAAAUUUAAUUAAGCACGGCAUUUUCCUUAUCUGGGUCACUUGACAGCCUUUCUUCUCUUGGAAUCCUUGUGUGGAGCACUGAGGGCUCGCAAGAGGAGCACAAUGCAGUGCACUCCUACGUCGAACGUCAUCCUACAGAGCUACAAAGGCCAACGAUGUUAUGAGGACUGCUCUGACAGCGGAUACUCGGGUUGGUUCCAGAGCCCAAGGACCAUCACAGGAGUUGACUUCUCUGGGUUUUUGUCUCCAUCAGAAAUCAAUGAAACUCCUAAAGAGAACCUCAGGCUUCCUGUCACCCCUAAAGAACAGAGCAAAGAAUCUGUUCGGGUUUUGGGCAAAGACACCAGAGAAGCAGCAUCUGUACUGAGCUGGUGUGAAACCCCUAAACUAAACAGACGGGGUACCUUUCAGCGCCACAAACUUCUAACAUCCAAACCCGCCCUAGUCAAAGAUGACAGCACAGGAUCACCGUUCACCACAAAUGCAGAAUCCUUUUCGAGUAAGAGAUCUGAACACUGGCUCAGUGCAUCAUUUGACUCUCUGGAUUUUACAGCUGGUGGGGCAACAAGCAGUUUAAACAUGGGCCAAGAUCUGGCGUUGUCUGGCAGGAAACGGCGCAUUCUCUUCACACAGGUGAGGACAUCCACCCAUGAAGAUGGCAAACUCAACACUUACCCCCUCCCGUCCUUUGAGGGAAGUGUUUUAAUCACAGAAGCAGAUUUCAGGGAGAGCAUUUCAGCUCAUGAAAUUGACAAAUUGUUCCCCUCCAUAACUAAAGAAAACUUUCAAUCACCAGUCAGCAGUGAAACUGAUAUUCUGUGUGACCGUACCGGAGCUUUCUACACUCCAUCGUUUACCCAAACGCCUAAAAAUACCACCAGGUCUGUGUAUGAAGACAGUGGUUUCAGUUCCUUAACACUUGAUAAAUCACAAGACUCCUCAGUGGACCACGAUGGCUCAUUCCAGGAGCUUCUCCUCCCUGCUUCCAAAGGAACCAGUCAGACCCCAAAUCUGACUGAUGGAAGGAGGCGCUCCCGUUUGCAGCGUCACCAUCGCCUUUCUACUCUUAAAGAAGGUGGCUCUCAGUCAGAGGAAGACCCAGCAAAUGGAAAGUAUGAAGACCCUCCUAGAUGUAGCAGCCAGUGUAAUGAUGAUGUUUUUGCAGGUGCCACCCCUUGCAGCACAAUGUCUGCUAAAUGUUUUAAUACUUUGGUUUCUACAAAAAAUGACUCCCACACCCCGCUGAGCGCCACUUCAUCUAAGCUUGAAAACGCAACACCUCACAGCACAGAUCCUGCUUAUCCUGCCAUGACUCCUCUCAGGACAACCCCAGUCAAUCUCUCUCUGACUCCAGCUUUGCAGCUAGUUCAUGCUAUCUGCCAGCACAAGGUUCAGAUGUCUUCUGGUCAAAGUUUGAGUCUGAAGGACGAGUUGAAGUUCGCAGCAGCAUUAACCAGGACUCCAGUGAUGUUCAGGACCGCUAUGCCUUUGGCAGGGCUGAUUGGCAGGAAGAUGGGCCUGGGGAAGGUGGAUAUACUGACAGAGCUGAAGAAGAGGAACCUCAGGCACAUCCUGGCUAAUAUAUUUAGCAAGUUGAAUUCUGAGUGUCUCUACAGAUGUGGUCUAGUUUGCAAAAGUUGGAAUGAAAUUAUCCAGCAGGACCAUCAAGCUAGCCUAAGGAGAAGAACCUACCUGAGUGAACUAGAGGAGGCUCUGGAGCAUAGUGUGGGUGUCCUCCAUAUCUCUGAGGCAGAGACCAGAUCAGCUCUGCUCAAGAGGUCAGCCUUGAAGAGGAUUCAGGCCCGGUCCAGAACUUCUAGCUACUGCACCCCACAGUCGGCAAACAGCACCUUGACCCCAUCAGAGCAUGGCACUUUAAGCACAGGCAGCAGCAGCAAACAGGAAAAGUUUAUGGAGGUUGCCAAAACCCUCUUUAGUGAUCAGAGCCUCAAGCCUUGCCCUAGAUGUCAACAUCCUGCAAGGUGUCACUCAGUGAAAAGGGAGGGUGUGUGCAGCAGAGGGGACUGUGGGUUUCAGUUUUGCAUAUUGUGCUUGUGUGCUUUCCAUGGCUCCAGAGAAUGUGGAAGUCAGUCGGCAGGCCGUCGCAAGAAGGACAAGCUGCUUCCAGGAAGUGUUGAAAGCAAGCGAAAUGUUCGAAGACUGUGAAUGAAAUGUUUGUCCAGUCAGUGUGUCACGUGGAAGUCACUGGAGCAUUUUAAAUCCCAAGUAACAGAAAUAUGUUAUUCCAACUCUUUGUAGCAAAUUUCUAUACAAUGUCUAUUCUAAUUAAUGUAUUUACUUCAGCAAUUUUCUUUUCUUCCAGCACUGUUUUUUAAUUAUGUAUAUUGAAUAGGUGCUGAUGUGCUUUUCUUUGCGUACUGUAAGAAUUUUUUUUUUGUUUUUUUUUUUGUUUUUUUUUGAGUUUGAAGUAUUUAGGUUUUACAAUUGUGUGUCCAGGUUGCUUUUAGAAUAAAUUACAUCAUUUUUCUAAA